CGUAUAUUGUAAGCGUGGCUCCCUGUAUUCACUCACGUGGGUUCGUUGUUUUCAAGGUUGUAGUAAUUGUAAUGAUGUGAUUGUUAUUUUAACAUAUAAUAAUGUACAAGUUAUUAAGAGCAUCGACAUUCCAGUUCUACUCUCUUUCCUGCUUAAAACAUGUUUCAAGACCGCAGCUGUCAACGGAACAUGAAGGGAUGUGGCGGUUUCCACGGUCAUUUGUUUCCAGCUUAAUAUCAAAAGACUGUGCAGCCCAUUUGGGCACAAACCAGAGAUGCAGAUCAUCCAGAUGUGGGGUUUCAAGUGUGAGAUGUUACAGCAGUCAAAAAGGAGCUAGAGCACCAGCAUCAAAUCAACCUCAGAAAUUAUACACAUUAGUUGAGCCAGAGAAACAAGAACAAUUUGUUUUCCCCGACUUUGAUGAACGACUGGACAAUAAAGAUGAGAAACUGCCAGAUCAUCUUCUUUUACAUGAGCUCACAAGUAAUGCAGAAGGAAAGCCAGUGCAUGAAAAGCCUGGCAAAGACACGCACCUUAAAGGACUGGAAAUGCAACUGAAGCAUUUAAAGGGCUCUGCAAAGUCUGAUUUGGAGGAAAACUCAUUGAUUGAGUUCCAUGAUGAAGGAUGCCCACUGGACAGAGGCACCAAAUCGAAGAGGGUUAAAAAGCAGCAAAAGAUCUAUGGCACACCUGAUGUGGAGGUGGCAGUCAGCAAUUCCUGUUGCUCUGGCUGCGGGGCCCUCAUGCACUGCACCGACCCUGAAAUCCCAGGUUACCUGCCAAGUGAGAAAUUCAAAGUGUUUGUUGAAGAGGACAAACUGAAGAAAGCAAUAUGUCAGAGAUGCUUUUUAAUCAAUCACCACCAGAAGGCUUUGAACGUCACUAUGUCCAAAGAGGAGUACAGAGCGAUUGUCAAGAGAAUUCAGUCAGAGAAGGCUUUGGUGCUGCUGAUAGUGGAUCUUCUGGAUCUCCCCGACUCCAUCAUCCCAGACCUUCCAGAGCUUGUUGGGAAGAAUAAGCACAUUGUGAUUUUAGGAAAUAAAAUAGACUUGCUGCCUGGAGAUGCAGAGAAUUACCUGCAACGUAUCAGACGUCAGCUGGCGGCAUACUGUGCCAGCAUGGGCAUUUCUACCACUGAUCCCAAAGACAUCCACCUCAUCAGUGCCAAAACAGGAUAUGGUAUAGAAAACCUUAUAUCAAGACUGCAGUCAACCUGGAAGUACAAGGGAGAUGUGUAUUUGGUCGGCACGGCCAAUGCUGGCAAAUCCACGCUGUUUAAUACUCUACUGGAAUCUGAUUAUUGCAAAUCCAGAGCCUCAGAUGUGAUCCAUAAAGCUACUAUAUCUCCAUGGCCUGGAACAACAUUAAACCUGCUGAAGUUUCCCAUCAUCAACCCGACCCCCUACCGGAUGUUCAGGCGGGCGGAGAGACUUAAACAGGCAUCUCUUUUGACUGAGGACGACAUGAAUCCUCAAGAGCUGAAUAGAAUCAAACAAUUCAGCAAGCAGGGAUACUUGGUUGGUCAUAUUGGAAGGACAUUCCAAACAAAUCAGUCACUCAAGAAAGCCCUUGUGGAGUUUGAUCCUGACAGUCUGAGCUUUGGAGAAGAUGCGGAGGAAGUUGUUAAACAGAAUCCGUCCUUGGACUCCUCCACAGAUGCAGAGCUCACCUAUAAUGAAAUUAAAGAUGCACAUUGGUUCUAUGACACCCCAGGCAUCAUGAAAGAACAUGACGUUCUCAGCCUGUUGAAUGAGCAGGAAGUGAAACUGGUGGUCCCUACACAUGCCAUUACACCAAGAACGUAUGUAAUGAACCCUGGUAUGGUUUUGUUUUUGGGGGCUUUGGCGCGCAUUGAUUAUUUGGAGGGGAAAAACUCAUGCUGGUUAACAGUUGUUGCUUCAUCUCGCAUCCCGAUUCACAUCACCAAUUUGGACAAGGCUGACACAAUCUACCAGAAACAUGCUGGGAAUACCCUUCUUGCAGUCCCAUCUGGUGGUGAGGAGCGCAUGAAAACUUUUCCACCACUUAUUGCUCAAGACUUUGAACUCAAGGGGCAGGGCUGCAACACUGCAAUUACUGACAUCAAAAUCUCAUCAGCAGGCUGGGUUGCCGUGACAGCAGCUGAAGGAGAUCAGCUGUUUUUGAGGACUCACGCCCCUGAAGCAGCAGGACUUUGUUUGCGCACUCCACCUUUACUGCCCCACAUUGUGAAUCUAAAAGGACAGCGAAUCAAAAAGUCUCCCGCCUACAAGACUAAAAAGCCACAGGCGCUGGUGGACAUCGGUCUCUCUGUGAAAGCAGCAGAGAGGCUCAAAGUGAGAAGAAAAAAAUGAACAAGACAUUUAAGUGCUAUUUGAUUUUCAAAAUAUCAUUGUUCUGAUUUACCAAUGUACUGCUUGUAUGCUACAAAUAUUUUCUAAUAAUGUAUUAUUUUUAUACUAAAAAUGUCUAAAUGUUUAUGAAUUUACCUGGUAAUGUAAUGUAUAUAUUCUGCCAUUUAAAAUGUUCUUUAAAUGAAAAAGCAGAAAACGACAAAA